AUGGCGUCUCGAAGAUCCUCAGCCUCGUCUUCCCCCCAACACUCUCGCCCGUCUUCCCAUCAUGGCCAACUCGAUGAUUCGCACGAUAUACCCGUCGAGACUCUUGUCCAGCACCUUCUGGAAGCCAAGAAGUCACUAUCGUCCAUGGCCCAGGUCUUGCGGGCUAACGAGAUCGUGACUGCUGCCCGGCAAGCUCAUGAGGAGUCAGUGAUCCUCGGAGCCCAGGCCCAGUUUCUUCGACGCGGCAUAAAUGAUCAAAUCAGACUGUUGUUGAGAGCUCGCCGUAGUAUGACCAAAACCUACAACAGCGGAAAGCGAGAAUUCAAACAAGUAAUCAAGAGCCUCGAUGCCGCCAACGGACAACUAGAGAUCACCAUGGAUGUGCUGCGCGACCGAAUAGUCGAAAGUGCCUUCAGGCCACAGGGAGAAGAGAGGAGGAACCUGCUGGACUUUGUCGACGUCGCGCAAGUUGAAACGAUGCACAGCACAUUAAAGGAUAAUAUUGCUGCUCUACAGAGUACUCAGACAUCAUUUGAUGGCGAUCUUCUGCGCUUCGACGACGACCUUCGGGCUCUUAACAAGACCAUAGCCGCCGCACCUUCUCAACCGUCUCCGUCCGCUUCAAACUCCUACCAACCCGUCCCGCAUCUACUCGCUUCGCUGAUGGAAAGCUCUCAAGACAUGGCGGAACUCCUUGCAUCCCUGACACAACAUUUUGAUCUGUGUGUCACUGCUGUGAGGACGACCGAGGGCGGAGCGGCCUUGGCCCGACGAAAGGCCGCCGAAGCCUCACAAGCCCAGGGUGACGGUAAUAACGUAUCCAUCUCCGGCGUCAUUGCAGAACAAGAGUCUCAUAUGGCUGAGCUGGAUCCGAUCUCCCCAGAGGAACGCGUCGAGAUGCUCCAGGUGGUAGCACAAGAUGCCUCCGAGGUAGCCGAUGUGGUGCAGGAGAUUCACGAGCGUCUCGCCAACAUGGAGGACGAAUAUUAUCAAUUGGCAGAACAGACAAAUCAGGUCAAUGCAACGUACACGAGCACACUCGAUGCUUUUCAAGUGUUGGAAGACAUAAGCACGAGGUUCCGCAGCUAUAUAGCUGCCGAAACAGAGUUUCGCGAUCGAUGGGUCGCUGAGCACGAAACCAUAGGUGCCAAGAUGGACGAGAUGGAACAACUCAGACUCUUCUACGAAAACUAUGCCGGCUCCUACGACAGUCUCUUGCUAGAGGUCGAGAGGCGAAGGGCCCAAGAAGAGAGAGUUUUGAACAUUUGGCGGAAGGCAAAGGAGAGUGUAGAUAGGAUCAUCGAUGCUGAUGAGAAGCAGCGAGAGAAUUUCCGCCACGAAAUUGCCGAGUACAUACCAACCGAUCUGUGGCCCGGAAUGGACGACCCCAUAAGGCGGUGGGAGGUGGUGCCGGCAGGACACGACCUGACAGGCGAGGAUCAUCAAGGAAGCACGCCAGCACUCGACAAGAGCGUUGUACAAGCAGCUGCUUCAAGGCUUGGUCGCAUUUCCGGGGAUCGGUCAUGA